UUUGCGUUUAAAGCGAGAAACUAGUGCUUCUGUCUCCUCUGGUUGGUGGGACAAUCCAAGCGAGAGAGUGUAGUCGAUUCGGACGAUGACGAGUGUUCUGAAUAAUUGACCAAGGAAAAUUCGUGAAAUUUCCAAUCCAACACUCAAAAAAAGUAGAAGCCAAGCACUUUGAGGGAAAUUCGAAGAGACCCAAAUUACAUGUUAUUGCUCAGAUGAUCGCGCAAACAAAUUAGCGAAGUGGAUCAGCGACAAUCACACAUCCCCAUACGCUGCGAACACACAGCGGCAACCCAUCUACGUACCGGAGAGAAAGCGAAAGCGACGAGGAGGAGACAUAAAUCCCAAACCACACUUACCUACGCGCAUUUAGGCGAAUCUUCUAGCGAGUACCAUCAUCAGUCUUACUUCGCAGCUCGCUCCUUACGGGUUCAGUGGUGUGAUUUACUCCAGCUCUGUGGAAUUAUCGUAGGACCGCGCACCGACAAGAGGGCCAGCUGAUCUUCGCCAUCAAUCGUCAGUAUUUCUAGUGGAUUUUGUUCAGAAAGCCUGUCUAGUUAAAUUUGCAAUCAUGUUAUUCAUGUGUCACCAGAUGGCGAUGGAACACGAGUCCAAGCAGAAAGAACAAACGGCUUCCGCGCCACAAACACCCACCCUUGAGAACUCGAUGCGCGAUGCCAACGUACCAAUCAUCUGGGUCCUCGGAGGACCUGGUUGCGGAAAAGGAACCCAAUGUGAGAAAAUUGUUGCCAAGUACAAUUUCUCACACUUCAGCACCGGUGAUCUGCUGCGCGAAGAGGUUGCUUCCGGUUCGGACAAGGGCAAGGAACUGCAGGCGAUGAUGAAGCAGGGCAUUCUGGUACCGAACGAGGCCGUAUUGAAGCUGCUGGAGGCUGCCAUGGCAAAGGCCUUGAGCAGUACCGUUGGCUACUUGAUUGAUGGAUAUCCUCGUGAACCGGCACAGGGUCCCGAAUUUGAGAAGUUCAUCGCUCCAGUCGAUAUCAUUCUGUACUUUGAAUGCUCUAACGAAACCCUGGUAGCCAGAAUCCUGAAGCGUGCUGCGGAGUCAGCCACUGUCCGUGCUGAUGACAACGAGGAGACCCUAAAGACUCGCAUCGCCACUUUCCGGGAGAAUACUGAGAAAAUUUUGGUUCAAUACCCAACCCAGCUGAGAAGGAUCAAUGCCGAGCGUGCUCCAGCGGAAAUCUUCGCCGAUGUAGAGAAGUACAUUGACGAGCUGCUGGCCACCAAGGGAAAGAAGGCCUAAGUGCGGACCGGACUACACAUUCGACGUAAUUUUUAACAAACACU